GGGCACAGGUGGGUGGCACUGGUGGGCACAGGUGGGUGGCACUGGUGGGCACAGGUGGGUGGGCACUGGUGGGCACAUGUAGGUGGCACUUCUGGGCACAGGUGGGGGCACUGCUGGGCACAGGUGGGGGCACUGCUGGGAAACGGGUGGGCGGGGCUAGUGGGCGCACUGCUGGGCGGAACUUGCGGGUGUCACUGCUGGGCACCGAUCAUCAGGGCACUGAUCAUCAGUGCCCUGAUGAUCGGUGCCGAUCCCCGCUCUGACAACUGCCGGUUCUCGGCAGUACUUUCCUCACGAUCUGACAGCGUGAGGAAAGUGCAGCCGAGAACCGGCACUUGC